UUCACGCCGCGUAUCCCGCGUAACCGUCGACGUUCCGCCGCGUCCCCGACAGGGUGAAUCGGCGCGCGAAUUACGGUUGUCAAUCUCGCGCGAUUGGGCGGCACUCUCGGCGUCCUGAGGGAGCGGGAUCGCGCGGCUAGAAGGCAAGAGGUACGAGAGACUAUACACAGCGUUAAACGGCACAAAGGCGACGGUGAAGAGAAAAUGAUCUGAAAAGCAAUUUCGAGGAAGGAAAUUUUGAAGGGUGACGCGAGUCGCGGUAUGCAACCGCGUGCAUCUCAUCCGGCCCGACGGCGACCGUAAACGACGCCGGAUAAACGUGCGCCAGGUAGCGCGUUGCGGUGUCGAGUGUGAGGCUUCCCUCCACAACGUGCGGUAAAUGAUAAAACUGAACGAUCGAGGAUGACGGGCCCCCCGACGGCGAUCAUCGACAUCGGUACCAGCAACGUAAGCACGGCGACGAUCGGGGUGACCACGACGACGAGGGCGGUGUUGAUUGCAGCGAGUUUUCGGAUCGGUCUCACGUGUUCGCGCGUCGCUUAGAAAUCUCGUCGAUAUGACAUUAACGCUGCGAAAGUCGGUCUCGUAAAAGAGUGUGCCACUAUUUUCAUAUAGAAAAAUUCACCGGGGGAAGUGAGCGGGUGUACACGGACACAGAGCACUUCACAGGCAGCACCAGCUGAUCGCCGAUAAGCACAGCGAGACGCCGCGGCAUGUCCCUCAUUAAUUAACACCGCGUGGUUCACGUCUCACGUUGGUAAUCGGGUGUGGAUGAUCGUCCCUUGAACUACAAAUUAGACCGACAAGUUUGCAACAAGAUGGCAUGCCCAUUCUCUAGUAGACGCCUCAAACUAACUCACAGGGAUGACAGCAGCAGGGAAGGGGACCACCGCAGGAUCGCGAGGAUCAGGCAGGACGAUCCGGGCAAGGCGUCGCGACAAUCGUCGGUACAGAUAACGUCGUCGCUCUUGGGAGAGGAUGGUGACGACCUUGAGGACACACAGACACUUAAUCUGAAGCACCUAAGGGCCGCGGUGACCCUCCUGACUAAUCCAUCGAAUGAAGUGGUAACGGUGGCGCUAGAAGGUUUAUUAAAUAAACAUGAAGUACCUCUUCCAACGUCGACAACAUCGUCUUUAGAAAAACUUCUAACUAAUAUUGAAGAGGAGGAAAACUAUAAUUUGCUGGAAGAUAUUUACGAGACACUGAAUUACGACUGUGACGUCGACGUGAACGCGUUUUUCGAUCAUCUCGGGCAGGAGCUGAUCACAUGGGCUUGCGUGGGUCUCUUAGAGCGGGCUUUUCGUUGCCUUGGGAACGAUCUGACCGCUUUCCUGACCACACUCGACGGCGUAAACGACGUUGUCCAGCAUCAGUCGGGAUCGGAUACCGAGGCGGAGUUUGUGUGUAUCGCCACACCGGAAGCGCUGGAGCUACACUUCACCACCGACCACCCUUCCAUCGCCUAUCUACUGGUGGGCAGUCUAAAGGGCAUAGCCAGGCAGUUCUAUGACGACAAAGCCGACGUGUAUAUACUGCCGGAUCCCUACAAUACAAAAUUUUUUAGAUACCGGAUUACGCCGGAGCGUUACAGCGAACAGCCGGGCGUAGGCGACAACUGCGACGUGGUGUCAUCCACUUUCCGUCCACUCUCCACCGCAGCAACGGACCUCCGUAUGGGGGUGGCGAGCUUUUGCAAAGCGUUCCCAUGGCACUUCGUCGUCGACCGUCAGCUGGAGCUCGUUCAGCUCGGCGUCGGCUUCAUGAAGAUUUUCGGGCACCAUUUGAAUCGGCUCGGCAGGGGGAUAUCGACGUACUUCGCCUUCACACGACCCCACGGCGUCACUCUGACCUUUCACGAGAUCCUAAAGCGCGCGAAUACACCGUUUAUCCUGACCCUCCAGAGACCGCACGACGUCGAUAAAUAUCCCGCGGAGGGCCUGGAAAUGAAGGGUCAGAUGGUACACUGUCCAGAAUCGGACUCGAUUUUAUUUGUAAGCUCGCCGUUCUUGAACGGUUUGGAGGGCUUAACGGGUCGAGGACUCUUCAUUUCUGAUAUCCCUCUUCACGACGCUACAAGGGACGUCAUACUCGUCGGCGAACAAGCCAGGGCACAGGAUGGCUUAAGGAGACGUAUGGAUAAAUUGAAGAGUUCUAUAGAAGAAGCUAACCUGGCGGUCGAUGCGGAAAGAGAAAAGAAUGUCAGCCUUCUACAUCUUAUAUUUCCGCCGGAUAUUGCGAAACGUCUGUGGCUGGGAGAGACAAUUGAGGCAAAAACGUAUCCAGAUGUCACGAUGCUGUUUAGCGACAUAGUCGGAUUCACGUCUAUCUGCGCAACAACAACGCCGAUGAUGGUCAUCAACAUGCUUCAAAAUCUAUACGAGCAAUUUGACCUUUACUGUGGUCAGUUAGAUGUGUAUAAGGUAGAGACAAUCGGCGAUGCUUACUGCGUUGCAUGCGGCCUUCAUCGAAAUACCAAUACACAUGCGCAACAAAUUGCUUGGAUGGGCCUAAAGAUGAUACAAACGUGCUCUCAUCACCUGACUCACGAAGGCAAGCCAAUAAAGAUGCGCAUCGGCAUUCACACCGGGAUGGUGCUGGCGGGAGUCGUGGGCAAGAAGAUGCCGAGAUACUGUCUCUUUGGACAUAACGUCACGUUGGCGAAUAAAUUUGAAUCCACGAGCGAGCCACUUCGCGUCAACGUCAGUCCAACUACGUACCUGUGCUUAACGCAAAAAUCGGGAUUCAUUUUGGAACCGCGGACCAAGGACAAUCUACCCAAGGGAAUGCCAGCCGGUGUAUCGGGCACGUGUUACUUUCUGAACGGGUAUCAGCACAGCGCUGUCGGCGCGAGCGAGCCGCUCGACAUGCACAUUCAGGCUGCAAUUACGGAAUUCGGAAUCAGUAGCAAUAUGUAGAUACCCACCGAUACCGGGGACGUUUACCGUUGUUCAGUGUGUUACUUUAACGAUAUUACCGUGUCGAUAAUAGCGAUGGCACACCCGACACUAUCAGAUCGAUCGAUGUAUAUGCGCUCUCAAAGGUACUGGCACUAAAAAGGUACAUUAAAAGCAUGGCGCUAAUUGUGUAUACGAAUACACAUUAAAAGAGUAUCCUGUGCGGGGAUACCAUUUAUACGCAGAGUCUUAGAUUGUAAUCAUUAUAUACUACUAAAUAUAAGAAGCAAGUAAAACUCUAUCAUGGACUAUA